UUGAACUUGGUUUUUUACCAGUUUUUACUUCAAUCUUUCCAAGAUGAUUGACCUAAGCUUCCUUACGGAGGAGGAGCAAGAGGCCAUCAUGAAGGUCCUUCAAAGAGAUGCUGAUCUGAAGAGGGCAGAAGAAGAGAGAGUCAGACAUUUGCCUGAAAAAAUUAAAGAUGACCAACAACUGAAGAAUAUGAGUGGCCAAUGGUUUUAUGAAGCUAAGUCCAAGAGACACAGAGAUAAAAUCCAUGGAGCAGACAUAAUUCGGGAAUCGAUGAGAAAAAAGAAACCACAAAUAAUUGUUGAGCCAAAUCAGAACAGAACAGCCAGAGUGAAGAAAACCUGGGUGAAUAAUGUCAACAGAGACAUUCUCCUUCCCUCCGAGUUGUUGGGGGUCAUGGAAGAGCCGGAGGAUGAUGUGAGUGGGCUGUCGAAUUCAAGGACGGUUAUAUUGAAUCCAGCUCCUUAUAUAUCUGAUAAAGCCCAGGAAAAUCCAAGGAAGUCAUCUAUGUCUCCUACAAAGCUAAGGAAGAAUCCAUUUAAUGGUUCCAUGUUGCCAGAGGAUAACUUAUCUUUUCAAAUCCCAAAUGAACCAUCAGAAAAUGGACAAACUGGCUUACAUCAGACUUCAAAAGAGGAUGCAUUGUUUCAUUUAAAGGAAAACAAAUCUACCCCGUACGUUCCAGAAGAAAGAUUAGAGGAACCACAACCAGCUGUUCUAGGAUCUGUGGGUGGAUCCCCUAUAAAACCACCAAUUCCCAAAGCCAGGAAAUUGAUUUAUAAAAAUACAUCUGAUCAACAGCCAGAAGACAACCAGUCUCAUCCUAAACUGGCCCAAAGAACAGAUUCCCUGAGUAGCAGAAGCGCCCCUCGAGGGAUCCUGAAACGGAAUUCCAGCUCCAGCAGCACGGAUUCAGAGAGCGUCCGUUUUAAUCACACCUUGGAACCCAAAAGCAAAAACCUGCCAUCCAAACUCAUCAUUCAAGAGGGAAAUUCUGAGGAUGAUUCCAUAGAAAAUGAAUCUUCCCAGAACCCAUUGGAGCCAUUAAAACAUGUGAGAUUUUCAGCAGUAAAGGAAGAAGUUUCUCAGGGUCCUGAAUUGAACCAAGGCAGGGAAGUAGGAGAGUUUGGCCUUUUGGAGGCUGAUAUAUCUAGGAAUGGAAUGGAAAAUUCAGGUGACUUUCAGGAAUUUCCAAACAAACCUGUGUUUUCCAAAUUCAGAAAACCAACCCAACAGAGACCAACCUCUGACUCUUAUCAGAGUAAUGGAAUUAGCCCAUCAACUGCAAACACUUAUGAUCAGAAAACCGAUCCUCAUUCAGAGACUUUAACCCAAGGAUUAUCUUCCAGUGAGAACUUGUCCUCUAACAAAGAGUCCAAAAAGGCAUCAUCAAAACAGUUGAGCCUUGAAUCAGAAUUAUGCAAAAACCCUGCUGAUGAGAGUCCACAUUGGGUUGAACCUGAAUUACCUCAGGUACAAGAUCUCAAUCAUUCUGCAGAUCAUCAGCAAGGUUCAGAAGAUGAAUCAAAGGCUGUUUUGAAGGCUUUGAAAAGGGAUGCUGAUAGGAAAGUGCCUUCCCAAAGCCUAGAGGACAUUCCAUCAAACACAUCAAAUCAAGGCAAAGUAGAUUCUCUGCCAGAAGACUUAGUACGUAGUGCUGAAGAUGAUCAGAAAACAGAUCAACAAACUACAAAUGAAUACAUACCAGAAAUUUCCACAGUGCCUUCACAUCCUGAUAACCAAUUUGCACAUCCCGAAAAACUCAAAAGGAUGAGCAAGUCUGUUCCAGCAUUCCUCCAAGAUGAGAGUGAUGACAGAGAGACCGAUACCGCAUCAGAAAGCAGUUACCAGCUUGGCAGACACAAGAAGAGCCCGAGCUCUUUAACCAAUCUUAGCAGCUCCUCUGGCAUGACAUCCCUCUCUUCUGUGAGCGGAAGUGCAAUGAGUGUUUAUAGUGGUGACUUUGGCAAUCUGGAUAUUAAAGGAAGUGUUCAGUUUGCCAUUGACUACGUUGAUUCAUUGAUGGAGUUCCAUGUCUUUGUGGCCCAGUGCAAGGACUUAGCAGCAGCAGAUGUUAAAAAACAGCGCUCCGACCCCUAUGUGAAGACCUAUUUGUUACCAGACAAAGGCAAAAUGGGCAAAAAGAAAACGCUUGUGAUGAAGAAAACUUUGAAUCCUGUGUAUAAUGAGAUUUUACGGUAUAAAAUUGACAAGCAGAGCUUGAAGAAUCAAAAACUGAACCUCUCAGUGUGGCAUCGGGACACAUUCAAACGCAAUAGUUUUCUUGGAGAAGUAGAACUUGACCUGGAAACAUGGGACUGGGACAACAAACAGAAUAAACAGUUGAAGUGGUACCCUUUGAACCGCAGGACAGCACCAGUUGCCCUUGAAGCAGAAAACAGAGGUGAAAUGAAAUUAGCCCUGCAGUAUGUUCCAGAGCCAGUCUCAGGUAAAAAACUUGCUACAACUGGAGAAGUGCACAUCUGGGUGAAGGAAUGCAUUGACCUACCACACCUUCGGGGAAACCACCUGAAUUCUUUUGUCAAAUGUACUAUCCUGCCAGACACAAGUAGGAAAAGUCGUCAGAAAACAAGGGCUGUGGGAAAAACGGCCAAUCCUAUCUUCAACCACACGAUGGUCUAUGAUGGUUUUAGGCCUGAAGACUUGAAAGAAGCCUGCGUAGAGCUGACAGUCUGGGACCACCACAAAUUAACCAAUCAGUUUUUGGGAGGACUACGGAUAGGCUUUGGAACAGGUAAAAGUUAUGAGAUUGAAGUAGACUGGAUGGACUCCACACCAGCUGAAAUCUCUCUGUGGGAGAGGAUGGUGAAUUCACCCAACACCUGGGUCGAAGACAUCCUCCCACUCCGGAUGCUGCUCAUUGCCAAGCUGACUAAAUAAGAGGGAGCUUCUCAAGACCAAAGGGAUCUAAGGAAAAACAAUAUCCUCAUUUCCCUGUUUUAGAAAGUGCAGAAGAGGUGGCAUGGCUAGAAAUCCCACCACAUGGACAAAGACCAUCAUGUAACUUCCCUUUGACAUCCAGGGCAUGCCAAACUGCUCACCUGCAUGUUUCCUUGUGCUCCAAAGCCAGAAGAGUUUGAACAGCAAGCAAAUACCGUGAUCAAGAUGAAAAUAAAAGAAGCCCCCUCAGUGGGUCAUACGAUCUGCAUGAACUAAUGAUGCUGCUUCAGAGGGACAGCUGCCAAAGAAAUGGGGAAUCUGGGGUAUUGCUGAUGAACUGACGCUACAGUGCUCUCUGCCUUUUCUAAAUCUGCCAAGAUAUGGGCCACCUGCCCCCCAUAUCCACUGCUUGAUCAUCAAAUAUUUCCUCAUUAGUUGCAGAUGUUUUGGGUAUGGAAAGCAAUCGAUAAGGGAAGGUAAUUAAUUAUUGUUCUUGUUAAAAACCAAGCACAAAGGGCCAUGAUGAUGAGACAAAGACUUGCCCACAUUUGAAGUGGACAUCUAGUGCUUACUGAUAUUCAGAGGAGGGGUCUGUGUUCUCUGAUGCUAAAUGUAUUGAUAAGAUAUAUAUUAUCUGGUAAACCUUCAUUUUAGACAUACAUGUGUGCAUAUAUAUAUCAUAUUCAUAUCGAUAUAUACAUAUACACACAUUUGCAUAUGGCGGGUUCUUGAGUAUUUAAAAAAAAAUCUUAGAAGUAUGGUGAAGCCACCCACUGGACACAGAUGGAACUUCAGCCAAAGUUUUUUUUUUUUUUUUUUCUCAAAUAGGUCUUAAAGACAAGUUUUGUAAUAGAGUCUAUAAAACAUUGAGCCUGUAAGGUUCUCUCUCUCCUGUAACUUGGCUAAGUGAAAGCAAUGUACUUUGGUUAAAGAUAUGCUUGGAAUUAGAACAUACUGGCUAAAUUAUACCAUUCUUGUUUCCCAUGUAUGUGUAAUUUUAAUAAUGUAUUUUAUAAAACCUUUAGUCUUCAAAAUAAAGCAUAAGACGACUUCAUUUGUA